AUGACUGGUUACUCUUCCCUUACUGUUGUUCAACUGAAAGAUUUACUGACCAAGAGAAACCUGUCUGUGGGCGGAUUGAAAAAUGAACUGGUUCAAAGACUGAUAAAGGACGAUGAAGAGUCAAGGGGGGACAACGGAGAGCAGACGCAGGAACAAAAGCAAGAACUAGAACCAGAAUCUGUAACCAAGGAAGAGCCAGUCUUCAAAGACGUUGCAGAAAAGGAAGUCUCAAACGAGCCUAAAGAAGAAGUUGCUCUUGAGGAUGAAAGUAAAGACGUUCACACAACCUCCGAUGAAGCUUCUUCUGCUAUUCAGGAAACCAAACAAGUUGCUGCACCGGCCGCUCCUGUUUUGUCGCCGGAGGAGAUCAAGGCUAAAGCCUUGGAUCUACUGAAUAAGAAAAUGCAUCGUGCUAACAAAUUUGGUGAAGACCAAGCGAAUAUUGACUCAAUACAAAGACAGAUAAACCGUGUGGAAAAAUUUGGUGUCGACUUAAAUAGCAAGUUGGCUGAAGAAUUAGGCCUCGUCUCCAGGAAGGACGAACCCGAAAGUAGCAAUAUUGGUAAAUUCAGAAAUAGGAAUAAAAAUACAAACAACCGUUCUAGAAUCAAUAAGAACAGAAGAGGUACUCAUCGCUCUAGUUACAGAACAUAA